CCGGGCGGCGGCCCUGAGGGCGAGUGGCGGGCCGAGACGCCGCGGCGGAACCGAGGCGGAGCCGCAGUCCCAGUCCCCAGCGGUGCCGCCCAGCGCCGGACUCGGUGACACAACUAAAAUAAAAGUAUUUAUGGAAUUCCAAUGAGUGGUGAUGGAUAUGCAGUUCAAAUAACUAAGGUCAGCAUGGGUUCCUGGUUCAUUCUUGCUCUUCUUGGCAGUGGUCUGAUUCAUGUCGGUGCCAACAAUGCUACUACAGUUUCACCUUCCAUAGAAAUUACGACAUCAAUUAAAGCAUCAACAGCAGAAUCAGUUAAAGAAGAGACCAAAACUUCAAAUACAGCUUCUUCAGUAACUUCUUCAGUAACUUCACCAACAGUCAGCUCAAAUCUAACUCUCGGACCCAUCUACGUAACCACUGUCAACUCUUCAGACUCUGUGAAUGGGACCACAAGAACAGCAAGCACCAGUUCUGUAGGCACUACCAUUUCACCAAAUGGAACGUGGCUUCCAGAUAACCAGUUUACAGAUGCCCGGACGGAGCCCUGGGAGGGAAAUUCCAGCACCGCAGCCACCACUGCCGAGGCCUUCCCUCCUUCAGAUGAGACGCCAAUUAUCGCAGUGAUGGUGGCCCUGUCCUCUCUGCUAGUGAUUGUGUUUAUUAUCAUAGUUCUGUACAUGUUAAGGUUUAAGAAAUACAAGCAAGCUGGGAGCCAUUCCAAUUCUUUCCGCUUAUCCAACGGCCGCACUGAGGAUGUGGAGCCCCAGAGUGUGCCACUCCUGGCCCGAUCCCCAAGCACCAACAGGAAGUACCCACCCCUGCCUGUGGACAAGCUGGAAGAAGAGAUUAACCGGAGAAUGGCUGACGACAAUAAGCUCUUCAGAGAAGAAUUCAACGCUCUUCCUGCUUGUCCUAUCCAGGCCACCUGUGAGGCUGCCUCCAAGGAAGAAAACAAAGAAAAAAAUCGAUAUGUAAACAUCUUGCCUUAUGACCACUCUAGAGUCCACCUGACACCCGUGGAAGGAGUUCCAGACUCUGAUUACAUCAACGCUUCAUUCAUCAAUGGCUACCAAGAAAAGAACAAAUUCAUAGCUGCACAAGGACCAAAAGAAGAAACGGUGAAUGAUUUCUGGAGGAUGAUCUGGGAACAAAACACAGCUACUAUUGUCAUGGUGACCAACCUAAAGGAGAGAAAGGAGUGUAAGUGUGCCCAGUACUGGCCAGACCAAGGCUGCUGGACCUAUGGGAAUAUCCGCGUGUCUGUUGAGGAUGUGACCGUCCUAGUGGACUACACAGUACGAAAGUUCUGCAUCCAGCAGGUGGGCGACGUGACCAACAGAAAGCCCCAGCGCCUCAUCACUCAGUUCCACUUCACCAGCUGGCCAGACUUCGGGGUACCCUUCACCCCGAUUGGCAUGCUCAAGUUCCUCAAGAAGGUGAAGGCCUGUAACCCUCAGUAUGCAGGGGCCAUCGUGGUCCACUGCAGCGCGGGUGUAGGGCGCACAGGUACCUUUGUCGUCAUUGAUGCCAUGCUGGACAUGAUGCACACAGAGCGGAAGGUGGACGUGUACGGCUUUGUGAGCCGGAUCCGGGCACAGCGCUGCCAGAUGGUGCAAACAGAUAUGCAGUAUGUCUUCAUAUACCAAGCCCUUCUGGAGCAUUAUCUGUACGGGGAUACAGAACUGGAAGUGACCUCUCUAGAAACCCACCUACAGAAGAUUUACAACAAAAUCCCAGGGAGCAGCAACAAUGGGUUAGAGGAGGAGUUCAAGAAGUUAACAUCAAUCAAAAUCCAGAAUGACAAGAUGCGGACUGGAAACCUCCCAGCCAACAUGAAGAAGAACCGAGUUUUACAGAUCAUUCCAUAUGAAUUCAACAGAGUGAUCAUUCCAGUCAAGCGGGGCGAGGAGAAUACAGACUACGUGAAUGCGUCCUUCAUCGAUGGCUACCGGCAGAAGGACUCCUACAUUGCCAGCCAGGGCCCUCUUCUCCACACCAUUGAGGACUUCUGGCGAAUGAUCUGGGAGUGGAAAUCCUGCUCUAUCGUGAUGCUGACAGAACUGGAAGAGAGAGGCCAGGAGAAGUGUGCCCAGUACUGGCCGUCUGAUGGGCUAGUGUCCUAUGGAGACAUCACAGUGGAGCUGAAGAAGGAAGAGGAAUGUGAGAGCUACACCGUCCGAGACCUCCUGGUCACCAACACCAGGGUAAGAGGGGUGGUGGAUGGGGCUUCCGCGGGCGAGCGGGGCUGCCCCUGCCUCCUGACACCCCUCCCUCCACAGGAGAACAAGAGCCGGCAGAUCCGGCAGUUCCACUUCCAUGGCUGGCCUGAAGUGGGUAUUCCCAGCGACGGGAAGGGCAUGAUCAGCAUCAUUGCGGCCGUGCAGAAGCAGCAGCAGCAGUCAGGGAACCACCCCAUCACCGUGCACUGCAGCGCCGGGGCAGGACGGACGGGGACCUUCUGUGCGCUGAGCACAGUCCUGGAGCGCGUGAAAGCAGAGGGGAUCCUGGAUGUUUUCCAGACUGUCAAGAGCCUGAGGCUGCAGCGGCCACACAUGGUCCAGACACUGGAACAGUAUGAGUUCUGCUACAAGGUGGUGCAGGAGUACAUCGACGCGUUCUCAGACUACGCCAACUUCAAGUAACCAGCGGCCAGGCCCCGUGGACAGGAGAAUUGCCUUUAAUAUUUUGUAAUAUUCUGUUUUGUUAAUAUACCCAAAAUUGUGUAUAUAUCUUAUAACGGUUUUAGAAAUUGGUACAUAGGCUUCUAUUACCUAUUAGGUGGAGAUUUUAUAUGUAAAUGUGUUAGCACUGAUAGUCCUUUUUCCAAUGUUUUAUUGGGGAAUUAAAUAGUGUGAUGUUUGGAUUGAUAUCGUGAAAUCCUCAGCCUGGAAGCGGGGAUGGAGUCCUCCGGUUUACACACCUUUGCCUAAAGAAGAGAAACAAACCCAUUCCAGGUAGCUCAGCGCCAACUAAGAAAAAAAGCACAAAGUUUCAGAGCUCUUGAGGCAAGCGAUUGUCCCAGGACCCCCACGCAGGCCUCUGUCCCCUCCCUGCACUGUAAAUACCCCUGCCCGGCACCCCCUCCCAGUGGAUACCCCAACAUCUCACUGUACUGGAGCGAGCGGUAUCUCUGGCACCACACUAGGGAUUAUCAGGUAAUAAAGCUUUGACUCCCUGA